AGCUGGUUGAUCUAACUGUUCAUCCUCAUCCAUAUCAGUGAUGUAUGAUGAAAAAAUCAGAGUUAUAGGAUAGGCAUGUAUAAAAUAGAAAUGUUAUUUAGUAUGAAAUUCUUUUCACCGUUGUUACUAUCAAUUUUGUGGCACCAUUCAGUAAAGGGAAAAAUGUAAAACAGAGAGGUAGUGUAGAAAAAAGCUUCUUAAAAAUGUUUUCUGAAUAAAAAAGGUAUUGCUUUUUUGUCAACAUUUUGCUGCAUUAAAAUAUAGCUUUGAGGUUAGUUGCUGCGAUGCAAUUGUAGUAAAUUUUGUUUCCAUGGCUUCUAUGAAAGGAAUUCUUCGACUAGUAAACUGACGAUCUUUGCCUCAAUGAUUUUGUCCCAAGUCAUUGUUACUUUUUUUAAACGGUGGUUUUAUAUAUUGGUGUCAUUGCUAGUAUAAGAGAAAAAGUAUAGAGCCCUCUUAUUCCACUGCUUAGUCCAGAUAAGUUGUCUUCAACUUUGAAGAGUUAACUGUGAAGAUGCUGGAGACUAGAGAGAGUAAGGGCAUAGGGGAGAAAGAUAAGACCUGGUCACCGCAUGAGAGGAACAAGGGUUGCCGAUGUUGGUGCUGGAAGUACUGUAUGCAAUUGGAAACAAAGAAAUUGGAAGGGUGUUGUCGUUGCCAAAAACAUGACUUAUACAUGUCUUCUAUGGUCUUUUUCCAUAUGGAUAAUCCGUCUUGAAGUUUUAACUUUUAACUUCAUUUUCUGAACUGUUUGAUGUGGUGCGAAAAAAGAGAGCUGCACGGCCUCAUUAGAACAAAGAUAUAUUUUCAGUUAAUUGGAAAUCUUCACAAUGUAUGACUUCUUCAGGUUUCGAGUCUUGAUCAAUUUUGCUCCAUGAUAGAGACCUGAAUGCUAAUUUGGGCUUGGGAAAGCCCAAAGUGUGGAAGGUCUAUGUGAGGAAAAAGGGGAGAAAGGAGUGAGCUGGCAAAGUUAGUUUGUAUAAGAGAAUAACCGAGUGAGGGUGAGACUCAUUCAUGAUUAGCUUUUCUGUUAGAGGAGAGAGAGUGAUCUUUCUUGUUGAGGGGAAGCCAUUAGUGCUUCUUGGGUUGUUAGCCAGCUCUAACAAUACUUUUCUUUUCAUUCUCUGUAAUUGCUCUUUCGAUAUAUACUAUUCCAGUCAUAUUUCUUCUGAUAUUCCUGUUAUACCAUACUUGCUCUCUAAAAUCCCUAUCAAUUGGUCCGACCUGCCGGAUCAUCUGCACUCGUUUCACUGAGAAGCUGGUAGAUGCCACCAAAAAUGACUGAUCGCAUGGAAGCUCUUGAGACUCAAUUGGGAACCGUUACUGCUACGCUGCAGGAACUUGCUCUCCAGAUGCAACAACAGAGCUUGGUUCUCACUGAACUAAGCAAACAGGUGGGCUCGAAAGGAGUGGUUCCGGAGGGGGAAACCUCGACCGGAGAUUCUAACAUGGGCGAAUCGCGUCUAGCAGGGAAGAAGGUGAAAUUGCCGGUGUUCGAGGGAGAAGACCCCGUGGCUUGGAUUACGCGAGCUGAGAUUUACUUUGAUGUGCAAAACACCCCGGAUGAGCUGCGAGUGAAGCUAUCCAGGUUGAGCAUGGAGGGAUCCACCAUCCAUUGGUUCAAUCUGCUCAUGGAGACAGAGGAUGAACUCUCCUGGGAGAAACUCAAGCGAGCCUUAAUCGCGCGCUAUGGAGGACGAAGGCUGGAGAACCCAUUCGAGGAGCUAUCCACGUUGCGACAACGAGGUAGUGUGGAGGAAUUUGUGGAGGCGUUUGAGCUGUUAUCAUCGCAGGUGGGACGGUUGCCUGAGGACCAGUACCUGGGCUACUUCAUGAGUGGGCUGAAGCCACUGAUUCGUCGGCGAGUCCGCACUCUGAACCCCACCACUCGUAUGGAAAUGAUGAGGAUCGCGAAGGAUAUAGAAGAUGAGCUCAAGGAAGAAGACGACGAAGAGGGUAAACGGGUAAUUAGGAAACCCGGGUAUGAACGAGCGGGUCAAGGAGAUUGGGCCGGGUCUUCUGCUGCUAGAAGUGGGCCUUACGUUACUGCUAGAAGUGGGCCUUACGCUACUAAGGACCCAAACCAGUUUUCUAAGUCAAGUGGGUCAAUUCCGACCCGGUCGCUGAGUCUGACGGGAACGAAUUCCACCACAUCGUCAAUGGGCUCGACGGCGAGGAACACCGGUGGCGACUACCGUCCCGGAUCAUCUGAGCGGUGGAAGGGGGUUCGCCGGUUUCCGGUGGAUGAAAUCGCCGAGAGAAGAGCAAAGGGGCUCUGUUUCAAAUGUGGGGGAAAAUAUCACCCAACUCUGCACAAAUGCCCUGAAAGAUCGUUGCGGGUCUUGAUCUUAGGAGAGGGAGAAACGAUUGAUGACGAGGGUGAGAUUGUGAUGCUCGAAGGGGACCAACCAGAGGACGAGGAAGAGGAGGAACCAGCUGCGCUUAAGCUUAUGGGAGUUCUGGGCUGUAUGGCGGAGACCCAGACGAUGAAGCUCUCGGGUCAGGUGGGACAUGUGGAAUUGUUAGUCUUGAUUGACAGCGGGGCAAGUCAUAAUUUCAUUUCUCCUACGAUUACAUCGGCUUUGGGCUUGACGAUUACAACUACCCAUCCUAGGAGCAUCAAGCUUGGCGAUGGCCACAAGGUGGUUACCAAGGGAAUUUGCAAAGGAAUUAAAGCCAAGCUGGGGAGCAUAGAGAUCACCAUUGAUGCCCUGGUGUUGGAACUGGGUGAGCUAGACUUGGUGAUGGGAGUGUCUUGGCUGCGCACUCUAGGUAAGGUACUCAUGGACUGGAAAAUGAUGACUAUGCAGUUCAUACAUGGGGGCCAGGUAGUGAAACUACAGGGGUUGGGGAACAAGGACAGCCAGCAGAGCAACCUGCAUUCCUUCCUCAACGACACUCAGGGAAGAGAGAAGAUGGAGUGGUGGUGGCCGCAACUCAAUCUUACUGAGGUGACCAGAGCAGUGGAGGAAAGCCCACAUCAACUUCAAGCUCUUUUGAAAGAAUUCCAGGCAGUCUUCACCACCAAGAUUCAAUUACCACCUGAGAGGUCCAAGGUCCACCAGAUAAACCUUUUUCCAGACCAGGGACCCAUCAAUGUAAGGCCCUACAGGUAUCCCCAUCACCAGAAAGAAGAAAUUGAGAAGCAAGUGUCGGAGCUGAUGGAAGCAGGAAUUAUUCGACCAAGCAUGAGUUCUUAUUCUAGUCCUGUGAUCCUAGUGAAGAAAAAGGAUAAGAGUUGGCGGAUGUGUGUAGACUAUAGGGCAUUGAACAAAGCAACUAUCCCAGAUAAGUACCCUAUUCCUAUUGUGGAUGAAUUGCUAGAUGAGUUAAAUGGGGCAACAAUGUUUUCUAAAAUAGACCUUAAGUCUGGAUAUCAUCAAAUCAGGGUACAUGAAAAUGAUGUCCCCAAAACUACUUUUAGGACUCAUAAUGGCCACUAUGAAUACUUAGUCAUGCCAUUUGGGCUGAUGAAUGCCCCUGCCACCUUCCAAGCCAUAAUGAAUGACAUAUUCAGGCCUUACCUAAGGAAAUUUGUCUUGGUUUUUUUUGAUGAUAUUCUCAUAUAUAGUAAGGAUCUAAAUGAGCACAUCGGUCACUUGGAAUUGGUCUUAUCUGUGUUACUGAGCAACUGUUUUGUGGCUAAUCAGUCCAAGUGCAGGUUUGGUUGUCGCCAGGUUGAUUAUCUGGGCCAUCUAAUCUCCGGGGAUGGUGUAGCAGUAGACCCUGACAAGGUGCAAUGCAUUGAAGCUUGGCCUGAACCAAAAAAUGUCAAGGGGGUGAGGGGUUUCCUUGGAUUGACUGGCUAUUACAGGGAAUUCAUUAAGGACUAUGGAAAGGUAGCUAAACCACUCACAGAACUGACCAAGAAAGACAACUUCUGGUGGGGGCCUGAAGCACAACAAGCUUUUACCCUUCUCAAAUCUGUCAUGACUACUUCUCCAGUCUUAGCCCUUCCUGAUUUUAACCUCCCUUUUGAGGUUGAGUGUGAUGCUGCAGGGCGGGGUAUUGGGGCAGUCUUGAUGCAACAAAGGAGACCCAUAGCCUAUUUCAGUAAAGCCUUGUCUGCUGGAAACCUGGCCAAGUCAGUCUAUGAGAAAGAACUGAUGGCUUUGGUAUUGUGUAUUCAACAUUGGAGGCAUUAUUUGUUAGGGAGGGUUUUUAUUGUUUAUACAGAUCACAAGAGUUUGAAGCACUUCCUACAACAAAGGGUUUCAUCUCCUGACCAACAGUGUUGGUUAGCCAAGUUGUUAGGUUAUCAAUUUGAGGUUAAGUACAAAUCAGGGUUGGAAAACAAAGCAGCCGAUGCCUUGUCCAGAUGUUUUGAUGAUGUGGAGUUGCACUCUUUGAUCUCUUUUCCUCUGUGGCAAGAUAGGAAAAAGCUACUGGAUGAGUUAGCUCAUGACUCCUACAUCCAGAACUUGACAGUAGAGGUCCAAAAAGACCCUCACUCUAAACCAGGGUUUGUGCUCCAGCAAGGGGUCUUGUUGUAUCAAGGAAGGCUGGUGCUAUCACCUCAAUCACCAUCUAUUCCUUGGCUAUUAGCAGAAUUUCAUGGUUCCCCAACUGGUGGCCAUUCUGGUUUUUACAGGACUUACAGAAGGCUGGCUGAAUCCCUUUAUUGGGUGGGAAUGCAAAAGAGGGUCAGGGAUUUUGUGCGCGAAUGUGAUGUUUGCCAAAGACAGAAGUACAGUGCUACUACCCCCGGGGGCCUGCUCCGACCUCUCCCAAUUCCUAAUGCAGUAUGGGAAGACAUUUCUCUUGACUUCAUAACUGGGCUACCUAAGUCUAAAGGCUAUGAGGCUAUUCUAGUAGUGGUGGACAGACUCUCUAAAUAUAGCCACUUCAUCCUUUUGAAGCAUCCUUACACUGCUAAAUCUAUUGCAGAAAUCUUUGCCAAAGAGAUAGUGAGGCUUCAUGGUAUUCCUAGUUCUGUGGUCAGCGAUAGGGAUCCCAUCUUUGUGAGCCAUUUUUGGUCAGAACUGUUCAAGCUUCAAGGUACAACACUAAAAAUGAGUUCUGCCUAUCACCCUGAGACAGAUGGGCAAACAGAGGUUACCAACAGGUGUUUGGAGAGCUAUUUACGGUGCUUUGCCUCUGAUCAUCCUAAGACUUGGUCUUAUUGGGUACCCUGGGCUGAAUUUUGGUACAAUUCUACCUUCCAUACCUCUAUUGGCCAAACCCCUUUUGAAGUGGUAUAUGGGAGGAAAGCUCCUCCUUUGGUGCGAUUCCUUUCAAAUGAAACUAAAGUAGCUGCUGUGGCCCUGGAUCUUAGUGAAAGGGAUGAAGCUAUUAAACAACUCAGGGAGCAUCUCAAGAAAGCACAGGAACAAAUGGCCAGUUAUGCAAACAAGAAAAGGAGAGACCUGAAUUUUGAAGUGGGAGAGUGGGUUUUCUUGAAGCUUAGGCCACAUAGACAACAUUCAGUGGUCAAGAGGAUCAAUCAGAAGUUAGCUGCCAGGUUUUAUGGGCCCUUUCAGAUAGAGACUAAGAUUGGUGCAGUUGCAUACAAGUUGAAGCUCCCUGAUGACUCUAAAAUUCAUCCUGUUUUCCAUGUGUCCCUACUGAAGAAAGCCAUUGGUAGCUCUCAGGUUCAAGGCCAGUUGCCUAGGGACUUGGAGAUUGAAGAGAUGACUGACAUCUACCCUGAAUCAAUCAUAGGAACCAGGACAAUUCGCCAGGGAGACGGUGAGGUGCACCAGAGUUUGAUAAAAUGGAAUCACAAGUCCUUGGAUGAUGUUACUUGGGAAGACAAUGCUGUAUUGGCUGGUCAAUUUCCUGAUUUCUGCCUUGAGGACAAGGCUGUUUCUGAGGGGGAGGGAAUUGAUAGAGACCUGAAUGCUAAUUUGGGCUUGGGAAAGCCCAAAGUGUGGAAGGUCUAUGUGAGGAAAAAGGGGAGAAAGGAGUGAGCUGGCAAAGUUAGUUAGUAUAAGAGAAUAACCGAGUGAGGGUGAGACUCAUUCAUGAUUAGCUUUUCUGUUAGAGGAGAGAGAGUGAUCUUUCUUGUUGAGGGGAAGCCAUUAGUGCUUCUUGGGUUGUUAGCCAGCUCUAACAAUACUUUUCUUUUCAUUCUCUGUAAUUGCUCUUUCGAUAUAUACUAUUCCAGUCAUAUUUCUUCUGAUAUUCCUGUUAUACCAUACUUGCUCUUUAAAAUCCCUAUCACUCCAGUCAGCCAACCAGUAAAGAGCAUUGGCUUAUCUAAGUUAGAGUGGGGACACAUUGAUCCUUCAUCAUCGUGUUCGCUACCGAUCUAUUAUCUCUCCUUCUUCAAGGCUUCAAAAGGUAGUACAAUCUCUCUUCUUGAAUCCCUUUUUAAAAAAAUUCUUUGGGAGCAGGGAGAGAAUUGCAAAAAAAAUCAUCUUGGUUUCACAGGAGAAUGUUUAGGGACAAAAGAGAGGGAAGAUUAGGAUUAAAAUUUUGUAUGCUUCUAAUUUGGCUUUGUUGGGAAAAUGGAUAUGAAGAGUGAGGGGUUGAAAAUAUAUGCUGUGGAAUAAGGUUUUAGUUUCUAAAUAUGGUGAGAUGAUAGUGGAUAGAUGGGAAGUUGGUAGGAUGUGAUCAAAGUGGUGGAUGGAAAUACAAAAAUUAGAGUUAAGGGGUGAUUUUCAAUUGAGCUGAUUGAAAGAAAACUUGAUAAAAGGUGGGAGAUAGCAAAUACCUCUUUUUGGCAUGACGCGUGGAUAGGAGAGAGAAUGGUAGAUUGCAAUGGAGAUGGGGGUGGAAAAGUAUUUUUUUAUUUUACUGGGAAAAUAAUUUGCUUAAUUCUUUCCUCAAAGCACUGCAAUCAGCAGAACUGCAGUGACAAAUGGAGUGGGCUAGCAGAACCUGCAGGCAUCUAUUUAAUGAGGUCAGUUUACGGAAUAACUAUCCAUUGCAAUUUAGGGUUGAGCCUUUCUUCCAUACUAUUUGGAAUAGGAUGGUCCCUCUGAAGGUCAAUGUUUUCUCAUGGAGGGUCAUCCUAGAUAGAAUACCAUCUAAAGUCAACUUGGUAAGAAGAGUUAUGUUUGUGGAAGAUUUAGUUUGUACAGCAAGUAAACAAGAUGAGAAGAGUACAAAUCGUAUUUUCCUUGAAUGCAGUUACUAAAAAGUAAAAAACAUGGUCAAUGUUCAGCAAGUAAACAAGAUGAGAAGUGUACACAUAGCAUUUUCCUUGAAUGCAGUUACUAAAAAAUAUGGUCAAUGUUCUUAAGUGGUUGGCAUAUUCAACUGUGAUCCAGAACUGCAGUAAAGAACAUUUUAUUCAGUUUUCAGGUUUGCCUUUUUGCAAUGCAGAAAGGAGAAAGUGGCAGAUAAUUUGGCACUAUAUUGUUUGUUCACUAUGGAUGACAAGAAACUGUUCUGUUUAUUACUCAAAGACGCUGGAUGUGCAGGACAUUUCUGAUUGAGUGAAGAAUCUGAAGACAAGAUCUUGGUUGUGGUUAAAAGCUAAAAAGCAAGCUGGUUUUUGAAUCCUGCUACUGCCUGCUUGAAUUUAUAAUAAUUCUGGUGUGCCUUGCAUAAUCAUUUCAAUACUCAAAACAUUUCUCCACUUUCUUCACCAUAUCUAGAAACUAAGUAAAUAGAGUGGUUAAUGGAAGGAGCUUGGUGUGCUUAGCAGAGAGUUGAGCUACAAGGGGUAGAGAGCAGUGCUAGCACCAGAGUUGGGUACCAAAGCAUGAGUGAGGCAUAUCAGAGAGUGCUUUGAGUGUGGGUGAGGCCAGAUAGAGAAUCCAAUUGACGUGUAACUGAUUAAAGUCCCUUGUAAUCCAAUUAACUUCAAUUGACUUUUAACAUUUAUCCAAA